AUGAGCAGUCUCUAUGAAGAUUUCCUCACGAGUGUCGGCGACUGGCGAAACAGCAUGGUGUAUAAGUGUAUCAAAAGCACAACUCGCAACGGACGCCGGGGCAUCCGUCGCUGGUUGACCCGCACGCAGCUGAACGCACACUUCACAGACCCGAAGAUCGUGGACGCCAUCAUUGUCCGCAAGGAAACGGAUGAUUACUUGGCUAAAACCGAGAUCCGGGACCACCCGGACUGUCCGGGACUGACUCAGUACCUUGUGCUGGUGGAUGAAGAGCAUACCGACGAGGAUAUGGACGAGAUCACUGCCAAGAAAGACAAAAAGGAAAAGCGCGGCAAGGACAAGAACGGCAAGAAGCCGAAGAAGGAUCCCAAGAACAAGCGAUCCAAGAAGAACAAAGGCAAGAACAACAAGAAUAACAACAAGAACGACGAGACCGAGCAGCAGCAGGCAGAGAAGGAGAGGAUUAAGAAAGUCAUCAGUAAUCUCAGCAGACUCAUCCGGGAAACCAACAACAAGAUGGCCGAUAUUGCCGAUCUGAGCACGAAUGUUCAAGCGGCCCUCAAGAAGGAUCUGGACGACUGCAUCGCCCGGCUGACCGCCUCGCGAGCGGAGUUGCAGUCCGCUGUGGACAGCAGCGAGGAGCUUUUCUUUCGAUCGUCAAUCUGGGUUGCUAUGGAGCUUAAGGCAGGGGUUCUGCAUACAUCAUAUCGAAGCUUCCCGUGA